AUGCCCUCAAGCCCCCCAACAUUGACAUCCACUCUCACCACAGACAAAUCUAGGCCUGAAAAGAACAGUUCUGACUCUCAGGCGAAUAGCUUUCAAGCAGCCGUAGCUCGGACUGCAACAAGAGCUUUAGGUCUCUAUUUUUCGCGUCCUGUGCGGCUUUUUAGGCCACAAAAGAUUAGCGGAUGGCACUCUUUGCGAGGACUGGCAGCUCAGGAAGGUCUUUCCAUUUCACCCACCUACCUCAGAGCACUCGUGAAAUCUGAAGGAUUUCUCGUUAUCCCUAAACACUUUCUACCACCAAUGGUGGUAAAUGCGUUACUCGGGACUGUUCUUUGGGCUACCUACUCAAAUGCAUCAGCUACCAUACACCCUCAUAUUUCUCAUCCCAUUGGUAAUGCGGCUAUUGCUGGAGCUGUCGCUGGCGGGACUCAGGCCCUGCUCGGAGCCCCUACAGAGAACGUAAGACUUCUCAUAGAAGGGGGUGCUAGUCAGAAUUCUUGGUCCCAUGCCUGGAAAGAGGUGUUUCGUGGAACUGCGAUUCCGUCAGCGUCACGGCACGACACAAUCGAAGAUGCCAGGCAGUUACGAAGGUGGAUGAAUGAGGUUGGGCAGAUGGCAGGGAGAGGAUGGGACGGUCUCGGGUAUACGCUCGGAAAAGACAUAAUAGGUUUCGCUGCUUUCUUUGCUAUCUUCGAGGUCACUCGACGAAUGGCGCUACAAGUGCGAAUACGUGCUCGGAGUUUGGAAACACUUCCAGACAGCACCCGUCUUCCACAGUUAUUGUAUGGUGUCACCCUUGUGACUGGAGGGGUUGUCGCUGGACUUUCUUACGAAAUUAUCGGAAGACCUUGGGAGGCAGCUAGACAUGCUAUACGACUAGAUCGCCUCACAAAUGCAGAACGCCGUUCAGCCUUCGCGGUCCUUUCACAUAAGAUACGAGAAGAAGGGUUCUUCUGUCUGUUGCGUGAUCUUUCGUCGGCAAAUGCCACCAGUACAUCCCCCUCGAGCAGUGGCGUUUAUCGGAGGGUAUAUGGCCUACUUCGCACAUUUGCGCGCGUUGGGCCAUGGGGACCUAUGAUGACGACCGUGCAGAUAACAUACGGGCUUCCUCCCUCACUCUGUCGUUACCAUAACCUUCGACCCUGCUUAGGAAGCUCCUCUUCCCUCAUCCUUCCAAGUAGACAGCUCUGCGCUGGUGCCAACCCGGUGUUUCUCCGCUGUGCUGGUCACAGACCAGUCAGAUGGCUCAAACGUGGUCUUCCAGCAUCGACAGUGCGGAUAGAAGGCGUUGGUUUUGUGAAACUUUCGAGCUCCGCGCAUGGAGAAGCGUGGAUUGACCUUGAUUGUCUUUGA